CGGAAGCAGAAACUCCUUUACGUAUGCGUAAUGUACGAACUCACACAGUGUGGCAACAUACAGAAAACUCUACUGCAUUCAAAAAUAUAUUUUGUUAUAUAAUGUGCAUGAGGUGCAAUGUGUAAGACUACUGUUACAAUGGCAGAGAAGGAGGACUGUGAAGGGGUGAUAGCCUCAGAGCGCUAUGGCUCACAGGAGUCAUGGAAAUACAUGCUGAAUGAUGAUGGGAGGAUGAAGCGACAGAAGGAUGCAGCGGACGGCAGACUGGCGGGAAAUUCGAUCUCUGGCGUGUUUAAAAGUGUGUUCCUGCCUCAGGGCUAUCCCGAGAGUGUCAGUGAGGAUUACUUACAGUAUCAGCUCUGGGACACUGUGCAGGCAUUUUCCAGCUCUCUGUCUGGCACGCUCGCCACUCAGGCUUCACUGAAGGGUGUUGGUGUUGGAAAUCAAGAAGCAACAGUUGCAGCAGCUACAAUAACGUGGCUGCUGAGGGAUGGAACUGGGAUGCUGGGAAGAAUAGUUUUUGCUUGGCUCAAAGGGAACAAGUUAGAUUCUGAAGCCAAAAAAUGGAGGCUCUUCGCUGACAUUCUUAAUGACGUGGCAAUGUUCAUGGAGAUUGCAGCCCCUCAUUUCCCUCCUUUUUUCACUCUAAUCGUCUGCAUUGCUGGGAUAUUUAAGUCCAUUGUAGGAGUCGCUGGUGGAGCAACAAGAGCUGCCUUAACUGUCCAUCAGGCUCGCAGAAACAACAUGGCUGAUAUCUCCGCCAAAGAUGGGAGCCAGGAAACCCUGGUGAACCUGGCAGGACUGCUGGUCAGCCUGGCACUCAUCCCGCUUGUGACAGAUAACCCCUUGUUGACGUUCAUCCUGUUCUUCCUGUUCACUGUUCUCCACCUGUUUGCCAAUUACAAAGCGGUUCGUUCUGUGGUUAUGGAAACGCUUAACGAGGCUCGCUUGUCCUUAGUCCUGCAUCAGUACCUGCUUGAUGGUCAACUGCUCAGUCCAGUGGAGGCCAAUCAGAAGGAGCCCGUGUUCUUGUCGCUUGGAAGAACAGUUCCCAUAAAGUUUGGUGUGAGGCUUGGAGACAUUGUUCAAGAGCCAGGAGAACUGCAGCUGGCGUUGAAGAACAACAGCAAACCGUAUCUCAUUGGAAUCAAAAAUGGUACUGUGUGUGUGUGUCUGGGAAGCGAUGCUUCUGUGCGUGAUGAAAUCAUGGCAGCGUGUCAGGCCUUGUGUCUUCGUGCUGUGCUGCUGGAUGAUUCCUCUCUGAGCGGUGCACUCAAGCAGCUCUCAAACACUAAGGACCCAUGGGAGUUAGUAUCACAGAGUCAUAAGAUGAUUAAUCACAUUUUCCAGACAUUCCUAAAAGAAUUGGAUCAAGCAAAGUGGCAAACAGACCGGACACUGCUGGACUGGAAUGAGUGGCGUGUGGAAUGGAGCAAAAAGAGAAGCUAAAGCAAAUUUUGAAAGAAAUAGCAGCUGGAUGUUUUGGUUUUGACUGAUAUUCACUUUGAAACAUCUGUCAGUUUUAAAAGAUUUGAAGCGCUGAAAGUGUGCAGAUUUCUGCCAGUGUCUUAAAUAUACCAUACAAAUAAAAACAAAGAGGAGCGAA